UUUAAAAAAAAAUAAAAAAUAGACACGCAAAAGAAUGAAACGACAUUAGUAUGGUAGUUUUGUGACCGUGGAUCCCUCGAUCUGAAUAAACCCUCAUUGGGAUUCUCUUCACUUGCGGCAGCGACUCACACAGAAAGAGAGAAAAAUCAAAUCAGAGCUUUCUUCAAUUCAAUUCAAUGGAGAAAGGAAAGGGUGCGACGGGAUCAUCUGGAAGAAGAUGGGCCGUUGAUUUCUCCGAUAAUUCCACUUCUCGCGAUAUUCUCGAUCCUCCUGGUUUCUCACGCGCUUCCCUCGAUCAAGACGAUUCAACUCUUAGUCGCCAGAAGAAGGAUGCUGAAUCCAGUUGGAAGUCUCAGAAAGCUUGGGAAGUUGCACAAGCCCCUUUUAAGAAUUUGUUAAUGAUGGGGUUCAUGAUGUGGAUGGCUGGUAACACUGUUCACCUGUUUAGUAUUGGUAUUACCUUCUCAGCUCUUUGGCAACCCAUUAGUGCCUUACAAACUGUUGGAAAGAUGUUUGAACCUUACAAAGAUGCCAAAGUGGAGCUUCUUGGGCCUAAGUUGUUAUUCAUUGCCCUUAAUUUGGGAGGCAUGGCACUAGGUGUUUGGAAGCUCAAUUCAUUGGGACUGCUUCCAACUCACACAUCAGAUUGGGUGUCGUCCCUAGCACCUGCUCAGGAGGUGGAAUACUCAGGUGGUGGUCUAAAUUUUGGUUGAUGCUCUAGUUCUUUCCUUUUUGGUGGCUUCACUUGAGGAAAUUAAGGAUUUGACGCAGUUAGAAUGUUGUAACAGUCACCAAUAUUAAACUGGGUUUUUAGUAAGACUAAAAGUGCUCUGAAUAACAUUUCUAUUUGUAUUUAAAUUAUAGUAUUUGCACAUUAUAUAUCUCUAUCUCUUCUUCAAAUCUGAUGUAAAGGAAAAUGGCAUACUAGAAUCUCCCUUUCAAUGAAACAUCUAAACUUUUGAUUUCUUUUAAA